AGUGCAAUACUAAUUUAUCAUAAACCUGUACAUGGGGCGGUGGCUUCGGAGUGCACUAAUCAUGUUCUUGCUAUUAUCCAGUAAUGCACCAAAACUUAGCGGUCGCUACUUUACCGAGCGCCAUUUUGAUCGCGAAGUAAAACAUUAAAUGGAAUUGAUGAGGUUUCUGUCUGGUAAGACGCUGUUAUAGUGCCAUUUGUUGGCCUUGCCACUGUUCUGCUAUGGUUACAUUUCCGAGUGAAGACUGUAAUAGUUUUGCUGCCAAUCAACUUGGAACACCAAUUGCAUAGCGGAGAUGGCCGACGAUCGAACAGAGGAUCCUACGUUGCUAAAUAAGUUGAAAAGGGUACAGGUAUUCGACAAGUCAUCGAGGGAAGUGGUUGGUCCAUCAAAGGUCAAAGAGCUGACAGAACGUAAGCUGCGACGCGAUUCAACGAUAGAAUUCAAGUUUCCAAGAGAGUUAAACAGCGCCCUUCUGGACACACGGAGACUGCGUUUAAUUGAUAGGUUUCACUGGCAUCAGUAUCGAUUUUCCAGACCAAAGCUUAAAAUAAAUACUGCCGAGUUCUCUGUUAUAAGAUAUGGAAAGGAAGAAACUGGGUCUAUGUCUUGGACUAUCGGUGGCGAUGAAACUUGUUUAGAAUUUGAAGACAUAGUUUCACCUGAAUUAAACGAAGUUAUCUCUGCAUUGGUUCCAUUGUGCCAAGCAGUGCAACAUAUUAUCAUUGACUGUUAUAGUUUCGAUUGGUAUAUUCCUGCACAUGACACCAGACCUUUCAUUCCAAUGAGAUCAGUCCUCACCGUUUACAUUAGCUACAUCAAAUCCAGAUCCCCGGAUGCACCAAUCCUAUCGACUCUCAGUGAUUGUUUUCCAAAUGCAAAGAGUCUUGAGCUAUCUUGCGAUAGUAGAGAUUUCACACACACUCGGAAAUACCAUUCCGACCCCCCACUGUCUUCCUGGAGACAGGUAGAAUUAGACUUGUGGAACGGACACUCAAGAGACUUCGUCACUCUGGAGACCAUCUUCCUCUCCCUUUCUUCUGCCUGUCAAAACAUAGAAUCACUCUUCAUCAAAAGCCGUAAAGCUUUCCAAUGGGGCAAGUCAAGCACAACCAUCAAAGCGUGUAAACUACCUUUUUUGACUGAUAUCCAUCUUGAAUCUCGUUGGCGUGAAGAGCACUAUACACUUCAACUGAUAAAAUACUUGCUAUAUGACGUGAAUCCUGGUUUGAAGUUUGUCAAAGUAGAAAGUGUACAGCUAGGAAACGUAGUAUUGGAGAGUGUUGAAUGGUCCCGAACAUCUUCAGAUUGUGGGUUGCAAAUUAAAGGAGCAUCAGCGGCUGUACCCAUAACUGAGUUGAUUGAUCUUACAACUAGUGACCUUAAAGAUGUUACUGUUCUUACACUUGUCAGUUGCAAGAUUGAUUUCGGUCAGUCUGAAAGUAAGUCCCCGAAGGAACUUGGUACACUGCGGGAAAUCAGGUUCGUUGGCUCAGAAAACCCACUUUCCGAAUCUGACAGGAACAAGCUUUCGGAGUUGUAUCCUAAUGUCAAAGUGACUGAAAAUCAGACGAGUCAGGAAUCAUUUGUAGAAUCCCAGGAGGGUGCAGGGAUACCUUCCAAGUUGGACAAAGCCUCCUCUCAAUCACUCAAGACAUCUGCCAUAGAUGAACUUGCUGAGGAAAAGGUUGAAUUUCAUGAAGAUACAGGCUCACAGAACCCUGUAGGAGGAGAAGAAGAAACCUCAUGGCAAGAAAAAGAAGAGGAAUUUGACGUCAACCAUGGAAGCCUGACCAAUGAAUCAGUACCUGAUGAAGGAGAUGUCGAAACGACCAAGAAGGAGUGCUGCAAGAGAGUUGGAGCUGAUGGUGGUAGACUGCUGCUAGAGUCCUUUGGGAUUGAACUUGAGAUACCUCCUGGUGCAAUCGACAGCAAAGAGCCACAGGAAAUCUCUCUGCGUGUCCUGACCGAUACUCCUAAUCUUGGUGACACCGAAGAAGAGAUGUCAGUCUGCUUUGGCGUACAAUGUUUAGUUCCUGAUGACUUAGUACUGAGGUCACCGGUGACUUACACAAUACCUCAUUGCGCUGUUGCAACACGGUACUCCGGUUUAAAGGCAGUCUUGUACUCGGGAGAGGGGAAAUACUCACCUCAUGCACUUAUUAAAGAACGGAAGGUACUCUCAAUGUCUGGAAUACCCAGCUGCAACAUUAUGAAGGACGUGCUCGAACUCAGGAUGGAUCAUUUUUCGUGGGCGAAGAUUAAAAUCAUGAUCAGGAACGUCUUCUUCCGCGGAAAGAGGAUGUGCUGUUGGCCGUUUAAACAGAUGAACCUGCCCUUAGCUAAAACACCUGUUAUAUUACAUGCACAUCUUUUUGACGAUGUGAAGGGGAACAAGGAAGUGGAAGAGAAGGAAAAGAAACUAGGAUUCAUUCCUGCUCAUAUCGAACAAAAUGUCCUCGUACAGAAGGCAGAAGUUGAUCUUGAAAUGGGAUGUUAUGUCAAGAACGAGCCAAUUGGAGACAUUGCUGUCGUAUCAUUCGAAAGACUGAAAAGUGGAAUCAGGAUUUGUCAGCCAUUUCAACUGGAUUUCAGUAAUCAUCCAGACAAUGUUGCAGUAUUACUAAAAGCAGGACAAACCAAGAAUCUGGGGGUCGAAUGUUUAUUUCCAUUAGACUUUCCCACUCCUCAGAAAGCAGAAAAGGCUACGCAACUUGAUACAGGCGUAGAACACAGUGCAGCAAGUUCACAUACGCCACAGACAUCAGAGAGAACCGUAGGGAUGAAUCCAGCUCGAGAGAGGGACUUUGAUGACAUCUUGAGAACCGUUGCAGAUAAAGUUGCCUCACGUCAAGAGAUACAUAAUUUGGGAAAGGCUCUUGGCUUCGGACCAGAGGAUAUCGACCGGUACGUUGAGGAGAACAAGAAAGAGACAGGAGUGUCGUAUAUGGGAACUCUUUCAAUGCUCCGUAGGUGGAGAAAGAAGAAAACAAAGAAUACAGAGCUGAAAGCAUUGCAGACUGCUCUAGAAGAGGCUGGUCAAAUCCAUCUCGCUGAUGAACUAUUUGGUGAAUGAUUUAAUGGAACCAAUGACUUUUGUGAUCUAUGAUCUGUGCUAUUCAAAGGAGAAUUAGAUAGAGGCAGUUGGCAGGUCCUCAAAAAGUAGCUUCUUUUACCCUCGUGAUAUUCACGAUUAGAGGGUGUUUGCAUUAUUUUCAUGAAAUCGGAGUUGUUCUUUCACACUUAACUUCUGUUUGAGCCAGAAUGAUCUUUAGAUUAUGAUAAAGCUGAAGAUCUAAGCUGUGAUAUGAUAUUCGGUUUUAUAAAAAGAGGUAUUUUAGAUGGGUGAGCAGCCAGCUUUUCAUAGCCGGAGUACAUUUAGCAGCUUAUAAAACAAGAAUACUGCACUCUGAUUGGUCAUAGAGACCACACAUCCAUGCAAAUCCGAACGUAUUACACUGGGCAUCUGCAAGAUCACACCCACGAUGUGGUUAUCUCUUCGAAUUAGCCGCGCCUGUUGUUUUGAAAAAAAUCAGCCAAUCAAAACUCUGGAUUUUAUGCUCCUCAGAAAUUCCAGAAAUUUCCUCUCGUAUCUUGAUGGAAAAAGUUGGGUGCUGACCCAUCUAAUAGAUGCCACAUACAGAGGAUGAAAAUUCCCUUUGAGGCAUCUAUUCAGGCCUGAAAUUCACUUAUCAAAUGAUUUUAUUCCAAACAAACGACCAAUAUAAAAGAGUAACAUUUACCCUUCCCUAUGCUACAAGAAUAAUCAGUUUUAUUUCAAUAGAAAGGGGUUAAAUUCUUUGAGAUUUGAAGUCUCACAAUUCACGAGAUUGUGCAGGAAUAUCUUGAUCAUUUGCUUAAGAGCAUAGGGAAAGAGACAGAUAGAAUGAGAGAAAGACAAACAACAGGCUGAGUUUAAUAUGGCGUCAGUGUAGCUGAGAAGAGUUGUGCGGACAUGCACGGAUGAGGAUGUGUCUGUGUGUGUGUAAGAUCAAAUUAUAUUGAUUCGUUGUGUUUAUGGGAGUAGGGGUAUGUGAAGGUGUGUGAGUUUGUGUGUAAGGGCAGUCAUGUUUUUAUUGACACAGCUGAUUGCAAGGUUUUUAUUUGCAUUUUAUGAAUUGUAUCAUAGAGUCAAUCCAGUCCAUUGAAAUAAUCAUGUAGUAAUAAUAAUGUAUUUGAUUAUGUUAAUGACAUUUUUGGAACCCCAUUAAUUCAGGAUUUAUGUACUGUAUUUCAAAUGAUGAAAUACACAUUUUGUA